CGGCGUCCGUUCGGUCCAGUGGCUGUUAGUACUUGUUGGUAGCCAGCUGGUCGUGGUCGUCAAACGGGGCGGCGGCGGCGCAUUAGCUCUUGUGCCAAUCCUCCACUAUCGACCGCUACCGAACACCAUUGCGUCAACACCUCAUCGACAUUUGCCCACAUCUCCUGCCCAGCGGGAUCGCCAAAAGCAGUCCGACUCCCCCUCCUUCACCUGUCCCUGCUGCCGAACGUCUGAGUGCCUGUACAUUCAUUACCACUUGCUUGCAGAUUCUCCUCUUUUCUUACCCUCCGUGGCUUUUCUCUUUGCGCGCUGCCACCGCAGCAUCCCCCUCCGCCGUAAUUGCGGACGAGCAGACGACGAUCCUUGCCGUCGCCGGUCAAUUGUGUCUCGCCCAGCAUGGAAUAUCCUUCGUCGUCAUCAGCACACCCAGGUGUUGACGCCCACCCUGCGAAUUCGUACAACGGCGUUCAUGAUGCGAACUACGCGACCCAGCCAAACAACGACGCAGGCAACUACAAUCCUGCAGUCGACAAUAGCCAGCAGCAAUACAACGAAAAUUACCCAGCCGGUGGUCGUUUCACAGAGGAGUGGGACGCCAGCCAGCGAGGAAGCUCCAUUAUCGACGGAGGGCGUAACGGUGCCGCGCCGCGCGCGGGCGGGAGCACGAUGCAGCGCUCAGCUUCGGUCCACAGCUACAAUGUCGGCGACGAGGAACAGCUCUCAACAGGGAAGUUGCCCAGCAGAGGAAAUACCCUCAAGAAGAAGAGCUCGAUGCGCCGCAACGGCAGCCUGGGACGUGGGGCCAGCCGUCGCAGCGCGAGAGCUGGCAGCGUAAAGAGCCUUGCCCUCCAGUCCUCCUCGGACCGCGAUGAGUCCCACAGCGCCUUCUUCUGCCCUGUGCCUACCUCUGGUAACCCUACCGAGAUCCUCAUCAACCGCUUCCAGUCUUGGAGAAAGGUCCUCAAGGAUCUGAUCGCGUACUUCCGUGAGAUUCAGAACCACUAUGAGCAUCGUGGCAAGGCCUUGAUCAAGCUUGCCAAUACGUCAAACAAUAUCCAGAGUCCGCCUGGCUUCCUCAAGUCAGCUGGUAUCGAUGAUGCGCUCCAGUUCCUUCGGGUAUACAAUAAGAACGCCAUCGCGGAGGCUAGUAAGGCCAGGGACAUUGAGGAAGAUGUCAUUCUGGCCUUGACUGGCCUGCGGAGCGAUCUCCAGCAGAAGAUCAAGGAGAUCAAGAAUCUGUCAGGGGAUUUCAAGAACACGGUCGAGAAGGAGAUGGACAGUACUCGCAAGGCUGUCCGCCACCUGCAAGACGUGCUCGGGAAGAAUGAGGCCGAUGACGCCAGCACGACCGGCAAGCUGGACCCAUUCCUCCUGCGUUUGGCCGUGGAUCGUCAGGUAGAGCGUCAAUUGGACGAGGAGAACUAUCUCCACCAAGCUUACCUCAAUCUCGAGAACUCUGGUCGCGAGCUCGAAUCAAUCGUCGUGGGCGAGAUUCAGAAGGCUUACAACGCCUACGCUGGUAUCCUCAAGCGCGAAGCUGACAAUGCAUACGGUGUCAUCGAGGAGCUCCGCGAUGGCCCUAUCUCAAUGCCCAAGGACCAGGAAUGGAUUCACUUUGUCACCCACGAUGAGCAGUUUGUGGAUCCCACGAUCCCUCUCCGUUCUGCAGAGCAGAUUCACUAUCCGGGUCAAGACCAUGUGGCUGCGCAGGAGAUCCGUGCCGGUUUACUCGAGCGCAAGAGCAAAUAUCUCAAGAGCUACACCGCAGGAUGGUACGUUCUGUCCACCACCCACCUUCACGAGUUCAAGUCGGCGGACAAGGGCCAGGCGCCCGUCAUGUCGCUGUACUUGCCCGAGCAGAAGGUGGGCUCGCACUCUACAGGCGAGGGGUCAUCCAACAAGUUCGUGCUCAAGGGGCGCCAGACAGGUACCUUGCACCGAGGUCACACAUGGGUGUUCCGUGCCGAGAGCCACGACACGAUGAUGGCCUGGUAUGAGGAUAUCAAGGCUCUUACAGAGAAGACCCCUGAGGAGCGCAACCAGUUCGUGCGACACCACUCUCGCAGUUUGAGUCAAUCCUCACGCCGAUCCGCCCGAUCUGCUAGCAGCGACGGGCUCAACGACGACGAUGACGAGGAGCCAUUCUCGGCAGGAGCGCAAAUCGACGUUAACCCGGGUCCCAGGGGCGACUCGGCGUCUCGGCGAUCUCAACCAGGUGGGCGGUUUCCAUCCGAUAUCCAAGUCAAUGCACAGCGUGGCUUACAAGCCCCACGAUCGACAUCUAGUUUAAGCUCCAGUGCUCGGGAACAACAGCGCCAGCACUCGGAUGCCCAGGCAAUCGGUGCCGCCACUGCCCUUCCAGGAUCAGCCAUGGGAGCCGCCGCGUAUGGCCAGUACCAGAAUGAACACGACCAGCGCAACUAUGGAGGUCUUGAUCAAGUUCCUGUUGACGAGCCGUCCAGCGCCGUCAUUGCCAGUCAUGAGGCGCAAUAUGAUGGCGUAAACCCAUACACAAGCGAGCCAGCAAGAUACCCCGAGCAUCAGCAACAAGCACAGGAGCAAUAUUACCAGCAGCCAGUGCAACAGCAUGCGCAGCAGCCAGGUCCAAUAGAUCAACAGCAGCCUCAGUCAUAUCAACAAGACCGAACAUUCGUUGCGCCUGUCGUUACUUCACUUCCAGAGCGAACCGCUCAGCCGGCGCAGGUCGAGGAACCUCAAGCCAUGAGCUCCGGAAACGAGUCUCCUCUUGCAGAGGACCAGGGUCAACAAGCCAGCGGUAGCGCAUAUGCCCCAACUGCGAUCGGUGCCAUCCCGACCAAGGCAGAUCCAGUGCCUGCACCAGAAGCCUCUGGACCCUAUGUGACCACGGAUGGCACUCAGGUUGGUGGCGGCGACCUCCCCAGGCGGCCGACCAACCAGACCUCGAGGAACGAGAGUGUGAACACGAUUUCCAAUCUACACGUGCCCGGCGGUUAUCCCCGGAACAGCAUGGCAUAGAUAAUUCCCCUUCAUUGCGUCUUUCCUUGCCUCUUAUCGUUUGCUUCUGUAUGGAUUUCACUGUAUUGCUUCAAUGGUGGAUGGGAUGGAUGGUUGGUAUAAAGCGCGGUCCCCUAGACACUUGGUCUCGAGUCUUCAGGAUAACAGUAUAUUGUUUUUGUAGUAUCUUUAUUGUUGCAGCUUCGGAUUAAUUAUCCGUUAUCUGAAUUGCGCCUCUUGUUGACCUUGUGAAGUAUGGCAGGCCGUAUCUUCAUGCUCUCAAGUCGAGUCUCCAUACAAAGCGGCACACCGGCAGCGUAUCUAUGUAGAAUUGGUGACAGACUAGAAGUAUUCACCACAG